UGACCUUGAUUGCCUGAGUUCACGUAACGGUGCGCUGCGGAACAGGUUCUAUUUUUCUUUAUUUAGUUUUUCUUUUUGUUUCUGAUCGGGCACAUUUCUUUUCCAAGAUUCACCCAACCGGCUUUAGGUUAUCUGUCAGGCAGUUCUGUAAAAAGACGGAUGCAAUUCGUUGUAAUUCCACGUGGCCGACAUGUUGUUUAUGAAAAUAUUGUCAAUUUCUCUAUUUGUGCAUAUUGUUUAUUCAGUUCAUGGAUUUAAACUAAAUGCACCGACUAUACUGAUCAAUUACAUGUAUGAUCUUCCUUCAAAUUUUACUUUAGUGAUCAGUGAAACUAAUACUAAAGACUGUUUUAAUUGGCAAUCAGCGGAUUCCAGUUUAGUAACGGUAACUCCUCUGUUUGAUUCACCACUUAACCAAUGCUCUCAAAAAGCUGUAAUUUCUGUCAUCGGUAACGAUACUUCUAUUAGAAGAACAAGAAUUACUGCAAUUCAUAAAGAUGAUGAAACUGUUCAUUUACACUGCGAUGUGUUUACGGACGUACUUCAUGCAAUCGAAUUACAAAACAUGUUUGAGCACGUUCACAUUAAUGGACCAUGGAUGAAGAUUUCUAUCCAGGCUCGAAACGCAAACGGAAAUGUGUUUGACAGUAUAAAUGGCAUUCGUUUCCAAUGGCAUUCAUCUUGCUCGAAUGAUGACGCUGAAAUAUUAAGGUUAAGAAUGAUUUCUGAGUCAAAUUAUACUUCUGCACAAGAUAGCGAUGCGUGGGAAAUUCGAGGACUCCUCUCAAGUUCUAUUUUUGUUGAAGGAAUCAGUGAAGGAAGUUGCAGCAUAACCGCAUCCACCGCAGACUACAAAGACAGGAAAACUCAAGUUGAGGUUUUGUCGACUUCCCCAGCAACGUUAAUUGUUUCACCAAACAUCCAAGUGUAUCCUUCAACUGAAUUAUAUAUUUUACGUCAUUCAACAGUUGAUCUUGGUUUCAGAACUAUAGAAGGGGAAGAGAUUGAAGUUUAUCAGAAGGAUGAUUCUAUUUUUUCCUCUUCUAACGAAGAUGUUGAAAUUUCAGAGGAUUUGAAAACGGUUACAGGUAAAAAUCUGGGUCAAACAGAAUUGAUUUACGACAGUAAAAGUGAAAGAUAUCCUCGAACUGCGGUAACUGUGAAUGUUGUGGAGCCUGAAAAUAUUGAGAUUCAAAUUUCUCGUGGUGGUUUCACGAACUUGGAAGAAAUGAAAAGCUACAUUAUCUGUGUUCACAUUUCAUCAGAAGGAAAGCGUGUGAUUGCAUCAGAUAAUCUGAGAGUAAAAGUUUUGUUUCCAAGCAAACUUUUUCACGUGCUGACGUCUACAAAGAAUGGUACAUAUUUUCAUGUCCAGACCUUAGCACCUGGUUCUGGCACUAUUAAAGUAGAAUACAAAGGCCACGUUUUAUCGGAUGGCAAAAUGGGAAAAGAACAAUCCAUCAGCACAUCAAUGAAAGUUCGAGUUUGUCACAAACUGCAAAUUUACCCUCCAUUCAGUCUUUUGCCUUCAGAUUCAGCUGGCAAUCCUUUGCACGAAAUCUCACUUCGAGUUUCUGGAGGAACGCAUAAUUACUCUUGGGGUCUAGAUGAUAGAUCUGCAGCAUCCAUUUCUACUGAUCGCGAAAACAACAAUGUAGCCAUGGUAACCGUCUUUAAGGAGUCAGAUUUCACAGUUUCAGCCGCGGAUAUCAACAAUGUCAAUCUUCUAGCUUCAGCAAAAGUUUCUGUUCAACCGGUUGCUGACAUCGAGGUAUAUCCAACAGUUGUAGAAGCGGAAAUAGGAAAUACUUUGCUCUUACCCGUUGCUCUUCUCGGAUACGAAUGCAGGGAAAGAAAAAUUAUCCGAAAGUUUGAUGACUGUUCAAAAAUAUACCCGACAGUUGAAAUAGUUGAAAAGCACAUUUUGGUUCAAGAUGAAGAACCAUAUGUUCCUGCAUUUGGGAAAGGUUGCCUCACUUUGCAAUUUCGCUGCAAAUCUCCAGGACAUUCUCGGAUAAAUAUUUUUUACUCCAGUAACAAAACUGGCGAAGUUCUCAAAACUACAACCGUUUUAUCCUGCUUCAAACCUCUAACUGCAGUGCACCCAAUACGUGUUGCGGUUGUAGCUCUUGGAGCAAACAAAGAAAUCGCUUUUGAUGGCGGUCCAAGAAAAUGGCCUUUGUUUAAAGAGGGACAUCUCACGACACUGGAAGCUAGCAAUCAUGGACUUCUUGAUAUUGAGCUUGUUAAAGACCCAAUAAGAUAUAAUAGAGAUUUGACAGUAUUCAGAGUUUUUUGUAAAUCAAUAGGGGAAACGGUACUUUUAUUCAAGAUUGGCAACAAUGUCUCAGCUACUCUUCCGCAUCCAGCAAAAGCAGAAACAUCGAUCAU